UGCGGUGACGUGUACUCUGUGUGUUUGUACGGCUGGAGAGACCCCCUGAGCUCCCAGUGUAAGGAAUCCUCGGUGCAAGAACUUGGGGUCUCAGGCUCCUCUCUGUAUAAACAACAACCAUGGAGGCUCAGGACCCCGGCAGUUAUUACGCCUUCCAGCAAGCUCAGAGUUUUUAUGGUUACCAGUACCAUCAAAUGAUGAAUGCUCCAUCGAACAUUGAAUUGGGUAACGAGCAAAGGACUCUGCACACCCUAACAGGAGUCCCACAGCACGAGUUGCAGGCAUUUUCUGGCAUGCUAGGUAAUGAGCAUCAAAUGCAUCAUGGUAUGAAUGGUAUACCUGGCCCGGAACCCAUGAAAAUGCAGGCAACAGAAGCACCAGAGUUUCCACAGGAACCUACACAAGAAGGUGCAACAAAGGGUAAAAGGAAAAGGGGUAAAGCUCCAGCUGAGCCUAAACCAAAGAAGAAGGAAACGGCGAAGAGUGCCAAGACCCCCAAAUCAGGCAAGCAAGAGAAAAUCACAGACACUUUCAAAGUGAAAAGGAAAGUGGACCGAUUUAACGGGGUAUCUGAAGCUGAACUCUUGACAAAAACUUUGCCAGAUAUCCUUACGUUUAACUUGGACAUAGUUAUUAUUGGAAUCAACCCAGGUCUUAUGGCAGCUCACAAGGGCCAUCAUUAUCCAGGUCCUGGAAACCAUUUCUGGAAAUGUCUGUUUCUGUCAGGGCUCAGUGACAAGCUGCUGAACCACCUUGAUGACCUUGCACUUCCCGAGGAAUAUGGCAUUGGCUUCACUAACAUGGUGGAGAGAACCACUCCAGGGAGCAAGGACCUCUCUAGCAAAGAAUUUCGGGAAGGUGGAAGAAUACUUCUCCAGAAGCUUCAGAAGUAUAAACCACGUAUAGCUGCCUUCAAUGGAAAAUGUAUAUAUGAAAUUUUUAGUAAAGAAAUAUUUGGAGUCAAGAUUAAAAAAUUUGAAUUUGGAAUCCAGCCACACAGAGUUCCUGAUACAGACACAAUUUGCUAUGUCAUGCCUUCUUCAAGUGCCAGGUGUGCACAGUUUCCCCGUGCUCAGGACAAGGUACAUCACUACAUCAAGUUAAAGGAGUUGAGAAACCAUCUAAAGGGCGUAGAAGUGACCAGAGAAGUUCAAGAAGUGCAGUACACAUUUGACUUGCAGUUGGCUCAGCAGGAUGCAAAGAAGCAGGCUGUAAAGGAAGAGAAGUAUGAUCCUGGCUAUGAUGCCGCUUCCGGUGGGAAUUUAAAUGAGCAGAUGCCUAAUGGAGAUAGUGGAUCAUGCAACUUGCCUAACCCGGAAGCACCCUGUAACUCUGAGUCUGUUCAGAACGGGCCGUGGCCAUCUGAGCCCCAUGGUGAGCACAUGUCUACGCUUAACCACUGUGAGGACCAGCGACAAGAAAGCAGCAGUGCUUGAGACUUGCUGCGUGUUCCAAGCUAUGCAAGUGUCACUGCAGUUUUAUUGCAGUCACAAGGAACUGAACCUCAGUUGACUAACUGAAGACUUUUUCGUCUCAAACGUUACCUCUUAUUUUUAUUAAAAUGUAAGCAGUAGUAGUAACAAUUUAUUUUAAGGUAGGAAGUUUUAAAAACAUUAACUUUUUGGAGGAAAAAAAAAAAAGCAUACGAACUAGCGUAGUCACAGUUGCUUUGUAUUUAAUGUUGGCUGUGUGAUGCAGUUGUUUCUGAACUGCAUGCUCUACCCUUGAUGCUGUUCAUUUUAGGAAAUGAUUUAACUGUUCCAUUUUUAUAUGGAUAGAACGACGGUGCUGUAAAUUUUGGACAUCAUUUUGUUUUUACUUUU